AUGUCAUUGAAACAGGAGAUAGAAACGUGGGUCGAGGCGCUGGCCCGCUAUGACAACAACGAGUUUGACGAAGCGCUGGAGUCAUUCGACAAGAUCGCCGACACCUCCAAAAUCCUCUUCAACAUAGGUGUCAUCUAUGCUACCCUAGGCGAGCACGAAAGGGCCGUCGAACAUUACCAACGCGCGAUACGGCUCGAUCAAUACCUUGCCGUUGCCUAUUUCCAACAGGGUGUGUCGAAUUUCUUGCUUGGGGACUUUGAGGAAGCACUGGCCAACUUCAACGACACCCUUCUCUACUUGCGAGGCAACACUAUGAUCGACUACGCCCAACUUGGCCUCCUUUUCAAGCUUUACUCGUGUGAAGUGCUCUUCAACCGCGGCCUCUGCUACAUAUAUUUGCAACAGAAGGAAGCCGGUAUGCAGGACCUUUCAUACGCAGCCAAGGAGAAAGUUGUUGAGGACCACAACGUGAUCGACGAGGCGAUCGUCGAGGAGGCAGAGGGCUACACUGUAUUCUCUAUCCCCGUCGGCGUCGUCUACAGACCCAACGAAGCCAAAGUGCGCAACCUGAAGACAAAAGACUACCUCGGAAAGGCCCGUCUCGUCGCUGCCUCAGACCGUGCCAAUGCCUUCACCGGUUUUGCAGGGUCCGAAAUCAAGAGCCAACAACGGCGGGAAGUGAAGGACGAUCGUCCACCGGACAAUAUCUCGUACGCCGCGACAAACCUCAUCAAGCCCGGUCUUCAGUCCCGGAGACAACAGUCCGAACCCCCCGGCAACCGCAACGUCUUCCCUCCCACCCCUCCGCCCGACGCCGACAAGCCUGGCAGUGGAAACGGCCAGAUGAGCCGCGGCGCCUCCGUCCGCAACGGACCCAGGCCUCAGCUCGCCAAGCUCAGCAUCGAUACCUCUGGUCCCAGCAGAUACGAGAAAACGACCAGCCCGCCCGAACGCCGCCCAACCAACGCCGGCCCCAGCCGCAACCAGAGCGCAGCACCCUCACGAACUUACUCACGCCGUGAGCAGCCCCGGCGGACGCGCGACGAUGACGAAGCCGGCGAUGGCUAUCCUGACGAGCUGUACGACAUCUACCAGGGAACCAGUCGCGGGAGCCGGAGCAGUCGGGGCGCACGCCGUCCGCCACCGCAGCGGUACAUCGACGAGGAGGACGAUGGCUCCGACUACGAUGACGGCUCAUUCGACGAGGGCGAUUUUGAAAUGGUGACGAAUAACCAACCGCGACGGUCAGGCACGACCUCGGGCACCAGCCGUACCGCGUCGCGACGACCCGAGAUUCGAAAGGUUCGCGUCAAGGUCCACGCCGAUGAUGUGCGGUACAUCAUGGUCGGAACCGCCGUUGAGUUCAACGACUUUGUGGAUCGCAUUCGGGACAAAUUUGGCCUGCGCAAGAGGUUCAAGAUCAAGUUCCGGGAUGACGAUGUGCCCGACGGCGAAUUGAUUACCAUGGGCGACCAGGACGACCUGGAUAUGGCCAUUAUGGCCGUCAAGAGCAUGGCGAGGAAGACGAAGCAAGAAAUCGGAAAGAUGGAGGUCUGGGUUCAAGAACUACCGUAG